AUGUCUAAUAUCUACGUACUUGAACCACCUACAAAUGCCAAAGUUAUUCUCCACACGACGGCGGGCGAUGUAGAGAUCGAGCUGUGGGGUAAAGAGACCCCGUUGGCAGCUCGUAAUUUUAUCCAAUUGUGCAUGGAAGGCUAUUACGACAAUACCAUAUUCCACCGUAUCGUUCCCAACUUUAUUAUACAGGGAGGCGAUCCGACCGGCACGGGUCAAGGGGGAGAGUCAAUAUACGAAGAAGAGUUUCCCGACGAGUUCCAUUCUCGACUUCGAUUUAUUCGACGUGGUCUGGUGGGAAUGGCCAAUACUGGCGAAAAUGAUAAUGGCAGUCAGUUUUUUAUCACCCUCGACCGCGCCGAUGAAUUGACAAAGAAACACACACUGUUCGGAAGAGUCGCUGGCGAUACCAUUUUCAACGUAUUAAAGAUGGGCGAGAUGGAGAUUGACGACAACGAACGACCGCUGUAUCCUCCGCGCAUCAAAUCCACCGAAAUCGUGCUCAAUCCAUUUGAUGACAUUGUUCCCCGAAUCAAUAAACGAGAGCAAAUGGUCGCCAAAGCACGUGAAGAAGCAAAAGAGGCCCAGAUGCGUACAAAGACCAAGAAGAAAGUGAAAAAGCAACUGAAUUUGCUGUCAUUUGGCGAAGAAGCGGCGGAUAUGGAGGAAGCACUUCCAUCCAAAAUGAAGAGCAGUCAUGACAUUACUGGAGACACUCCCGUGGCACCAUCCCCUCCCAUCCAAGAAAAAUCUAAACGUAAAAUGGUCCCUGUAGAAACAACCCGCCCCGACCCGCAGGAAGACCGUCCAAGCCCACCUGUCACGAAAUCAUCACCCCCACCAGCACCAAUACCAGCUUCUGAACCUGCACGGAAAAAGAAGGAAAAAUCAGAGCCCGUCAGAGAAGAACCAAAAACCUCUCGCGAUAAAGCGGAACAAUUGAUGCAAGAUAUCCGUGCGAUGGAACAAGAUCGACGCGAUGAAAUUAUGGGAGUGAAAAAGGAAGGGAAACCCGAAAAGAAAAAGAAAAUCUCGCUGAUUGAGCAAGAACGCGAAAAAUACAUGCAAGGCAAAGCCAUCGUCGGAGGCUUGAAAGCAAGGAAACGAGCUGCCAAAGCGGAGGACGAUACAUUUGCCAAGUUGAUGGCGUUUCAACGCAAACUCACCACGUCGCAACCGAGUGAACCCGUCAAUGACAAUAAGGAUCAGAAACCUCCCUGUGCAUUGCACGGGAUCCCCAAUUGCGAAUCAUGCUACGAUACAUCAAUGGAAAAUGACGACAAAGUAACAGACGAGGGAUGGAUGUCACAUAAGCUCGUGUUUGAAAAAGACUUGAAAGGCAAAGAUUUAAUGCAACGGCGUGAAAACGUGGACGAUUAUGUCGUCAUUGACCCGCGCGAUCGAGAAGCGCAAGCCAAACAAGAAGAAUACGAACGAAAGCGCAGUAAAAAGAGUCAUUUGGGUGAAGCCUUCCAGAAACGACCGAGAGAUUCCAGCCGCAGCCACCACGAAGACGAUCGACGAGCACGAUACGACGAUGAUUAUAAACGAUCUAGAACCCAUAGAGAUCAUUAUUCUAGACGAUGA